AUGAACUUAACCUUUCUUCUUCUUGCUGGUGAUGGAACCACAAUAGUAGUUCUUCUUGCUGGUGAGUUCUUGAAGGAGGCAAAACCAUUCAUUGAAGACGGGGUCCACCCUCAAAAUCUGAUAAAGUGCUUCAUACAUAACUCAUUACUCGUAAGCAUGACAAGGCCCUUAUUACUGGUUACUGCAUCUGUUGACAAAAUGGUUCUCAAUAAAACAAUUAGUGUUGAUGGUGAUCUAAAAAUGGGUGGUUCUGUUGUAUGGGUUGGGCGAUCUUCCAUUGAAGUUCAACUUGGAGUCACUCAGAUAUCAAUCGAUAGCACUGUAAUUACAGAAAUAGUAGCUUUAUUUUGUAACAUUUUCCAUUGUAUUUACGGAGAGAAACCAACGACUCCCAAGGGGUGCACCCAUGAGAACACCACAUGUCGCCGAGCAACCUCGGUCAUGAAGCACAGCAGCAGCUCCACAUCCACUAAGGUUGAUAUUAAGUCUAAACCAGCCAAAAUAAAGGAGCCUAAUCCGGCUGGUAACCAUGGAUCCAAGGGUUCCUCUUCUAAGGUCCCUUCAGAAGGUGAAAACUCGGUUUCUAAGGACAAGAUGAGUGAGGAUCCAGAAAAUGAGAAACCAAAAUUAUUGAUCAGGCUUACUAGAGAAGAGAUUGAAGAAGAUUAUCUUGUAAUGACUGGAAAAAAGCUUCCAAGAAACAAGAUGAGGAGGGACUAUCUAGUGGUCUGA